AUGCCCGCGUAUAUACAGCUUCCGGCUGCAAAGGUUCAGGAUGGGAAAGCGUUCCUAAAACCAGUUCCAGAACAGAAAACGGAGCACAUUGACUCAGGAGAUGCGUUCAAGGAACUUACAUCAUUUCAAGAGAUACUUGACACCAAAUCAAUGGAAAACGGGCGGGAUGCUACAUUAAUCGCCAGAAUCCCUGGUAUUGGAAAUUCGACAGUGGCCGGCAUCUACGCUGAAUUCCUCCACGAAAUUGAGAGUAUUCAGAUUUCGCAGAAACGUUCGGUGCGAGGAGCCCAAGGUAGCGCUGGACCGACUUGA